AUGAAGAGAUGGUGUGCUAAAGAGCUGAAAGAAGGUAUUGAUCGGUUGAAGAUCAGCUUGCCUGGGUUUGGAAAGGAUGAUAUCAAAGUCAUUGUAGAGGGAACCUCUCUUGUUAUCACUAGUCUUCUCGGUAAAGAAGAGGAAGAUGAAAAGCCUGCUGGAGAUUUUGUAAGUGUUGGUCCAGAUGUUAAUGAAGAUGAUGCUGCUGCUCUUGCUCUUGGGGGUAAAAGAAAAUAUGGGUAUAUUGGUGAGAAUAGUACUUGUCCAGAUGCUAAAGAUCCAAAGUAUGAAGAUUGGAUUGCUGAUGAUCAACUGUGGGAUGAACUGAACACAUAUCGUCCUCAUACAACUGAUGCCAAAAUUCUCUUGAAGAGGGUUGAGGAGGAUAAAAUUUUUGAUGUGCUCAGUAGCCUCACAUCAGAGUAUGAAUCUCUUAGAAGCACUAUUCUCAUGAGUGCUGAAUUGCCAAGUUUGUCUAGUGUCUGUGCGACUGUGCAGCGUGAAGAGACACGUAAGAAAGUUACGAAUCCUGUUUCUAAAAGCAUUGUAGACCUGGAUGCUGCUGAAUCCAGUGCUCUUCUGAGCUCCAGAGAUGAUAAACGCAGAGCCAUACCAUUUGAUAAGGACAAGAAUUCUCGUGCUAAGGGUAAGAGAGAAGUUUUUCAUUGUGAUCAUUGUAAUAAAACUGGUCACACCAAGGAUCGUUGUUGGGAUAUUUAUCCUCAUCUUAAAGUUAAUUUUGAUAAAAAUAAGCUUGCUCUAGCUCCUGUAGCUGAUAAUUCAUCCUUUACUAUAGACCAGUUGAAGGAUUUCUUUUACCAGUUGGGUAAUAAGAAUGAGCGCAAGGCCAACCAUACUUCAGGUAACCUGCUAGCCUUUCUUACUACGCCUUUUUCCAACCGCCAUAUUUGGAUUACUGAUUCAGGAGCUACAUAUCAUAUGGUAAAUGAUCCUUCGUCAGUUCAUGCAGUUAUUCGCAGCUCUCAUAAAAAUGUGUCUGUUGCUAAUGGCUCUACUUCUCCUGUGAUGGGCAGUGGGAAAGUGCAUUUUUUUCCAGAUUGUCCGUCAUCUAAUGCACUUGUUGUUCCCUCGUUUCCUACUCAGUUGUUUUCUGUUGGUCAAAUCACUAAUUCUCAGAAUUGUGAUGUUACAUUUACCCCUACCUCGGUCAUCUUUCAGGAUCGAAAGACGAAGAAGACGAUUGGUAGAGGCAUUUUUUCUCAUGGAUUGUACCUGUUACGCUCUAGUGACAUGGCAUGUCUCACUCAAAGAUCAACUCCGCAGUUUCUUUAUCAUCAAAGACUUGGACAUCCUUCCAGUCGUGUUUUGUCUAGGAUUUUUCCGACAUUUUCUGUUCAAUCUCAAGUUAAAAAUUUUAGAUCAGAUAAUGGCACUGAGUUUGUCAAAGUCCCUCUUCCAGGUUAUUUGCGUAGUCAUGGUAUUAUCCAUCAAACUAGCUGUGUUGGUACUUCACAGCAAAAUGGUGUUGCUGAAAGGAAACUUCGUCAUAUUUUGGAAACAACCCGUGCUCUUAUGAUUCAGAUGCAUGUUCCAAAGAAAUUCUGGUCUCAUGGUUCUCUGACAGCCACUUACUUGAUCAAUCGUCUGCCUAGUCGUGUGCUUGAGUUCAAAUCUCCAUUAGAGGUUUUAAAACAUCAUCAGCCUGGCAUUUCUCAUCACAGAGUUUUCGGUUGUGUUUGUUAUGUACAUUUACAGGCUAAGCAUCGUGAUAAACUGGAUUCACGGUGGCUUAUUUUCAGUGUGAUUCUGGCAGUCGGUCUCAGGGGGGGUUAUACAUAUUUGGCACCACUUCCAGUUAUUAAUGAGAUACCUACUGCAACAGCUUCCCACAGAGAUAAUGGUGAUGGGGUAGAGUUGGUGGACGUACCUAAUGCAGUGUUGGAUGUGCAUAAUGAAGCAGUUCAUGAAGAAGCUUCAGACAAUAAUGUUAGUGUUACUGAUGAUAAUACAAGACUACAAGAUGUGCCGCAUCAAGUUCCAGAAACUGAGGUUAUGGUUCCACAAGAUCAUCAACCAGUGGUACCAAUUGUCAGAACCUCAAGUCGUGAGAAGAAGGCUCCAGAGAAAUACAAAGAUUUCUUUACAUAUCAUUCCGCUGCGUAUCCUAUACAAGCACAUUUAACUUAUGAUCAUGUAGGUUCUUCACACUCUGCAUUUCUAAGUGCUAUAUCCAGUCAUCAAGAACCUAAAAACUACAAUGAAGCAAAGUCUAAUCCAAAAUGGAGGGCACCAAUGGAGAAUGAGUUACGUGCCUUAGAUGUAAAUAAUACAUACAGUAUUGUCAAGUUUCCUUCCGGGAAGAAGACUGUUGGAUGUAGAUGGGUGUACAAAAUUAAAUACAGAAGUGAUGGAACUGUUGAGCGUUAUAAGGCAAGAUUAGUGGCAAGAGGUUUUACUCAGAGAUAUGGAGAAUACUACACAGAAACCUUUGCACCAGUUGAAAAGAUGAAUACGUUUAGUGUUCUUAUGUAUCUUGCAGUUAAUAAAGAUUGGAAAUUGUUUCAAAUGGAUUUGCGCUUUCUUGCCCUUAAGCUUAAAAUGGUAAUGCUCAAGCCUCAAGACAAAGCAAGAGUCAGUAACAGCAACAUAGACCUGGUAACAGCAACACAGACCUUGUGUACUACUGAAUUGAAAGAAACAAUGUGGUCACCAAGCAUCCACUUGAAAUGCCAUUACAGUCUGUGGUUAAGAUCAGCUUUCUUGCAUGCCCUUAUUCUGGAUGAAAGCUUAAAAUGGUAA